GGAAACAGAAUUUUAAUCUUCCUUAAUGGAGCGAAAACGAAAAAGGGAUCCGUUGUUAGUUCCGGACAGAUGUUCGUGACUCCGCCCAUCUCGGCUGCCAUUGGUCGAAGGAGAAACGCUGGGGGCGGUUCCUGUUGAUAUUUCCUACCCUUUUUUAUUCUUGUUUUCUUCGACAACCAUAACCACAUCUUUGUUAAUUGACGGGUGUUUUAUCUAUGACGUAUUGACAGACCUGCCUAAUUCAUUCCUUGAAUUAGGAAAGAUUAGAAAGAUGUUAUUUUCAUUUACAAAUCCUCUAUACUACGUAGCGCGCAUGCUUGCAUCACGCCGGCGAUGUGAGCGUGUGAAUGGUAUGCAGCGUGUCCCGUUAACCAAUCAUAGCCCGCACGUGCCAAAAUCCCGGUAAUGGAAUUGAUUAUUUGAAAGAGCGGUUGUACAAAGCAAUUUUGACCUUAUGUGCGGUGCUUACUAAGGCUAGUAUAGCUCAGUCGUCGUGAAAAAUAUGCCCUUGUUUUUCGACAAGGAAACGAGAUGGCGACGACAGCCAGCCUUGGUAGAGACUAGAAAACACAGAGAACAGUAACGCCCCGGGGAUCGGCCGUUGUGGAACUCUGGUUGAUCGUUCUGCUCAAUAUUGUUCACUUGGUUCUGUUGUAGAAACGAACGUUGUAAAUCUGCUGGAAAACUCGAUGGCAUUCUGUUCCUGUUCCAGUAUGUAAGGAAAGUAACACAGUACCAGGGUUCAUUUGCUAACUUUGACCAGUCUUGCGAAAAACAUGAGGUGACACUUAGCUCGAGACUUCGAAAAACUUUGCUGCAAUUAAACGAGGAAAAAAAAAUCUUGUUGAAAACUGACGACCAUGAGAUCCUUCAUGUGCAACGGUGUUGUUGAAAGCAGUAGUCGGUCAUCGCAAGCCCAUCGCCCAAAACUUGACGACCUUGACCCCGUGACCAGGUACUCAGCUUCGAGAGGGAAAGGUCACUUGGAGCCCAAAUUUUGUGACCUUGAACAUCCUCCUCCGUCGACCGCGCCCAUGACAACAAUGUCCCGGUCCUUCCUAGUGGACUCCCUCAUAUCUACCCGCCCCUCCGAAGCUAGCAGCGGGCGUGGGCCUGGAGCAUACAGCCCGCCCACGAAUUCACCCAUGCCUCCACUUUUACCUCUGUACCCGUGCCCUCCCGGGAAGCACAGCGACGUCCUCUCCUUUUACUCCUGCCGGAACUGCAUGCCCAUCUCUCCCGCCCUCAAACAAGCCAUCACGCCCAGCCUCACAUCAAGUUUCACGCCCGCGAUCAGUUCCGCCUUCCCCCACACGCCCGUUAGUCAGCCUCACACACCUGUACUUCGUCCAGUGCCGGUGUCGUUGCCCUUGCCGCCCAUUUACGCCCCUCUGUACGCGCCCACAGCGCCAACACGCCCACAGGUCAACGCCGCCUCAACGCCGCCGGAGAGAAAAUCACCAGUUCAAGCAGGAGUAACGCGCCCUAGGUCGACCUCCCCGACGGACGACCUGCCUUCAUGUAAGAGGAUCAGAACGGCCUUCACCUCAACCCAGCUGUUGGAGUUGGAGAGAGAAUUCUCCUCCAACAUGUACCUUAGUCGGCUAAGGAGAAUCGAGAUAGCGACCUACCUCAACCUCUCAGAGAAACAGGUGAAGAUAUGGUUCCAGAACCGUCGCGUGAAAUACAAGAAAGAGGAAGGAGGCCAAUCCAGCAACAAGUGCUCCUGCCUCAGGACAUGCUCAGGAUCGCGGGCCAAGGGCGGCAAGGACCCCCAGAACGCCAUGGACUGCAGCAACGACUCGUCGCAAGAGUGCGAGAGUCAGGACGCAUCGCUGUGCGCCUCUCAGGGCAGCCCCAGCACGAAGGACGACGACGAAGCGGAGGAGGACGACCUACCGGGAGAUGAUGCAGCGGUAGUGAGGGGCAGGUCGUUCGCGGGCGAGCAGGAAGGCAGGACGGAGAAAAGUAUCAGUAACUCUGCCAAGAGCGACGAGGCGGCCCAGCAGCGGCUGAAUCAUUACGAGGCGCUUCAUCCUCACUAUCGCUUGAUGACUGAACAGCAACAGCAGCAGAUUCAGCAACUUCAGCAUCAGCGUCAGCAACUUCAGCAGCACCUUCACCAUCAGCAGCAGCAGCAGCGAGCGCCAUAUCCCCAUCAGGAGAAUUCGCACAUUCUAGCAACCAAGAUCUCCGAGAGCCAGAUCACUGAGAACCUAGCCAAAAGCGAAUUCACCAAAGGUCGCUUCUUUAAAGUAGAAGUGGACUCGGACUGUGAUCGUGACAGCAAUGAAAACAUUGACGUAGUUUGAUUUCGA